AUGGACAUAUGGAGAAGACUCAAGGCCCUCAAAGAGGAAACACGUGAAGACCAAAAAGUGGCAAUACACCACUUGCAAGAGCACACCAUAGAGUGGCUUAGAAAGGCGAUAGAGGUUAUCUUCCACGAGUCCAUAACCAUGGUUGAGAUACACACAACAAAUGCAUAUAAGGAGAAAACCAGCAAAGGGGACACAAAAGUAAGACCAACACUAGGCAUGGUAGUUAGUGGCGGGGCAACCUACAAGGAAAUCCUAGGAAAAGUGAAAACCGCGGUAGCCGGUAAUGAAGCAAGGAAAGCCAUAAGGACGAUUAAGAGCACUAAAGACGGGAAGAUGGUCAUAGUAUUUGACAAGGACCAAAAGGCAGUCAGCGACAUCCAAAAAGCGCUGAAAGAAUCGGUGGAAGGCCUCAGAACUAGACAGAUCGGGGAGGAUGGUAGGACAGAGACUCUCCACGUCAGGGGCAUGGACAUGGAGUGUACCAGGGAGGACCUCCGGCAGGCGCUUCAGGAGAAACUAGGACACUAG